ACUUUCCUUCUAAUCCCCGGAAACUAAAAUCUCUCUUCCCCCAACCUCACCCCCAUUGACCUCCGUCGUCCCACCACCGUACCCGGCCUCCGCACCACCCUAGGCCGUGGCCAAAUCCCUGCUCCACUGUUACUCUAACCCCAUCCGCCUCAUUAAACAUCGGAAACUCCAAUUACUAGAAAUGUCACCAUCGUACAUCAUACUCUAGCUGAAUCACCUCAUUUCUUACAGACCUUGUAAUUUUCUUGAAAUCUUGGAGAAAAUUUGCAAAACUAAGGAAGCCCAGUUGAGGAAAAGUGAAAAAUAAUGAUGGGCUAUGAGAACCAGGGCUACGAGGAAGCGCAUCUCUACGCGUCGAAAGAGCAAAUGGCGUCGAUAGUCCUAGCAGAUGAUUUCUCACCGCCAUCCGAUGGCUCGAAAUCGUUUCCUGACGACCCCCUCUCCUCAUCUCAGUUCGUUGAUAUCCCCACCAAUGACACUGAUCCUUUGCAGCCUUCCCCUUCGAAACAAGCCCUAAAUCCCAGUCCUAGUACAAUCCACUCCAUUCUUGAUCCCCCUUCUUAUGCAGAAGCCGUUUUCCGAUCUUUUGACUUCGAUUCUGUCGAUUCUGGUGACAUGAACGGCCAGGACGGCUCCGCAUUGGCAUCGCCUUCGUCUUCAUCAUACUACCUUAAAAUCUCAGUUUCGGAUCCACAAAGGGAGCUGGAGCAAUCAGCGUCUCUUGUGCCGGGAGGAAGUUCUUACUUUACGUAUUUGAUUACAACUUUUACAAAUAUGCCGGAGUUUAGUGGGACAGAAUUUAAUGUCAGGAGAAGGUUUAAGGAUGUUGUUGCACUAUCGGAUAGGUUAGCAGAGAGUUAUCGUGGGUACUUUAUACCUUUGAGGCCGGAUAAGAGUGUUGUUGAGAGUCAGGUGAUGCAGAAGAAUGAAUUUGUAGAGCAAAGGCGCGCAGCAUUGGAGAAGUAUUUGAGGCGACUAGCUGCACACCCGGUGAUAAGGAAGAGUGAGGAAUUACGGGUUUUCUUGGAGGCUUCUGGAAAAAUGACGCUGGUGAGGACAACUGAUGUAGCAUCAAGAAUGUUAGAUGGGGCGGCUAGGCUGCCGAAGCAGCUGCUUGGUGGAAAGAGUUUGGAUGGGGGCGCAUCCAAUAUGAGCGAGGUGACACAGCCCACCAAGGGUGGGAGGGACUUGUUGAGGAUUUUUAAGGAGUUGAAGCAAUCAGUGGCCAAUGAUUGGGGUGGAGCAAAGCCCCCAAUUGUCGAGGAUGAUAAGGAAUUUUUUGAAAAGAAAGCAAAACUGCAGGAUUUCGAGCAGCAACUGAUUAAUGUUUCUCAGCAGGCAGAGUCACUUGUGAAAGCCCAGCAAGACAUUGGAGAGACAAUGGGUCAACUGGGGCUAGCUUUUGUCAAAUUAACCAAGUUUGAGACAGAGGAGGCGAUUUAUGAUUCUCAAAGAGCAUGUGCUGCAGACAUGAAAAAUGUGGCUACAGCUGCAGUUAAAGCAAGCAGAUUAUAUCGGGAAUUAAAUGCUCAAACUGUCAAACAUUUGGACAAACUUCAUGAAUAUCUCGGGAUGAUGCUAGCUGUCAACAAUGCCUUUUCAGACCGAUCAAGUGCUUUUCUGACUGUACAAACUCUUUUAUCAGAUUUGUCAUCAUUGCAUUCAAGAAUAGAAAAACUUGAAGCUGCUUCAUCGAAGAUAUUUGGUGGGGACAGCUCAAGGAUUCGGAAAAUAGAGGAGCUGCGAGAAACUGUAAGAGUAACAGAGGAAGCUAAAACUUGUGCAAUCAGAGAAUAUGAACGAGUCAAGGAAAAUAAUAGAAAUGAACUUGAGAGACUAGAUAAAGAGAGGCAUGAUGAUUUUGUGAACAUGCUGAAAGGAUUCAUUGUCAAUCAGGCUGGAUAUGCUGAGAAGAUGGCAAGUGUUUGGGAGACAGUUGCUGAAGAAACGAGUGGAUAUGCAAAAAAAUGAUAGCAGGAGAGCUGGUCGUAAAUAUUUGUUUUUCUUGUUAGCUUUUCUUCAUUGGUAUUAAACCCUUUUUCCCUCUGUUAUCCUUUGUACUUGAGGCGUAUAUUCUAGUUGAACACACAGAAAUGUUGAUAAAAUUAGUGAGCUGUUGUUUCUCUGAAGUUAGUGAGGGAGAUUCUUCUCAUCUUCAUGUAGACUAAACUAAUUGAGUUUCUUGCUCAUAUUUCAUGCUUAUUGUCUACUUCUAAACAGCU